AUGAGGAAAAGUAUAGACAAAUGCUGUAGUAUAAUAAACCUGUUAUCUUUCCUCCAAUGUAACACUGUUGCCUUAGUUUUGGUUUGCCGUAACUGUUAUUGUCGACAGAUGGAUCUAAUCACAAUGCAACAUAAAGAUAACAGUCCUGAUACACAGUUGAUACAUUCCAUGGAAACUGUUCCUCCUGCACCUGACCCAAAUACUGUAGAGAUGGAUGAUAUUGAAUUCACAAGCCCAAAGCUUGAAGAAAUUCUACAAGAUGAAAAUUAUAUUGAGGAUGCUACUGGUUUGGUUCCUCAUUGUCUUGCCAUCUUAAAAAUCUGCCAUGAACUGACCAAUAAGCUUGUUGCUAUGGCAAUGGGCAGUUCUCAGCAAAUUCAUAUGCAAGAAUCAAUGACUGACCUCAUUGCAAUGGCAAAACGGAUUACUCCACGGGUGGAUGAAGUUGUACGAUCAAUGUAUCCACCCUUGGAUCCACGUCUCUUGGAAGCCAGGUGCACUGCUUUAGUUCUAUCAGUCAAUCAUCUUGUAUAUGUUGUGAAGAAUGCUUACCGUUUGGCUGGAACAUUGGACUGGGCUGAUCAGUCUCUUGCUGAUGUUGAAGACCAUCUAAGAGUAUUGAAGGAAGCAAGUAUUGCAUAUGAUAUCAAUUGUCGUAUUCUACCCAAUAAUUCUACCACCAUGGACAAUCAACAACAGGCAACUGUCACAAUAAGAGAUGAAUCUUCACAGGUGUAA